CCACACGGGCUUGUUUUUGGCACUCUCCGAGAGUUUUGUUUUGAGCUUUUUGACAAUUUUUAAUAAGCCUGACUUGUCACAAUGCGGAAAUUAACCACUUCGGGAUCAUCACAAGGAAAGGGAGAGUUAGAAACAACAAAGAAAACUCGUAUUUGCAUCAGAGGAGCGCGGGACAGAAUGUGAGGCCACGACACGUCGCGACUUGUAAAGCAACUUAAGCUUUUGUCUCGCGUGCCCCCGACCGUGGGAAGUAUUUCAUUUCAGAGGUGUUUUAGCUGAAAAGCAAAGAACCUGGAGGCUGAUGUUAUCUUAGACUACAAAAGUCUGUCAGAGCUCUUUGGAAAUGCGUCUUAUGGCUCCACAUCCGAACAACAGAAUGUGUGAGCCCAGUCCACCUGCUAUACAUCCCCACGCCAAGGGCAAUGUGACCAUGGUGGGUGUUGGUAUCAAGCUUGAAGACGACGAAUCGGGAGGUAGAGUCGUCCACCGAGAAUCCCAGCAGUCCUCUCCGGUCAGUGAUUGGUCAGUUCGUCAGCUGUCGGACAGAGACGACUCCGAGAAAUCAGCGCCUGCUAAUACACAAUCUCCUUUGGCGAGUUCUCCCAGUAAAGACCCAGUGCGAUCAUACACACCUGCCAGUCAAGAUGGAGGCAGCAGAUCUCAUGAUAAGACUGACAGCAAGCCUAAUGUCAGUGAGGUGAUGCCUACUAUUGAAAAACUUCUGAAUACGGACUGGAAAGAAAAGUUCCUUGGGAAGGGUCUUCAGAGCAGUGUCAACCUAAAAGGAACCCCAGAGAGUCUGGCAGAGAAGGAGCUUCAGUUGUUGUUGAUGAUCAACCAGCUCUCUGGUCUGCGAGAGCAGCUGCUAGGAGCUCAUUCUGAGCAGAGGAACAUGGCCGCUCUGCUGCUGGAGAAACAGCAGCAACAGAUGGAACUGGCAAGGCAGCAGCAAGAACAGAUCGCCAAACAGCAGCAGCAGUUGAUACAGCAGCAACAUAAAAUAAACUUACUGCAGCAGCAAAUUCAGCAGGUAAACAUGCCAUAUGUUAUGAUCCCUGCCUUUCAUCCCAAUGCCCAGCCGUUGCCAGUCACCUCUGAAGCCCAAAUGGGUUUGCCUCUGCAGCCCAUUCCCUGCAAACCAGUGGAGUAUCCCAUGCCGUUGCUGCCCAAUCCACACUCCACACCAGUCAAGAGGUCCAGUGGUACAGUCUUUCGCCAGGAUACCAGUCAACCUCUGAACCUCACGGCUAAACCCAAGACCCCAAGUCCGCAGGCACUGGAAAUGGCCCACUUGCAGACCGGGUACCGACCCAGAGAUCUGCCACAUAGCCCUCCUCGAACUGCCCUCAGCCUGAGCUUCUUGGGAGAGGGUGAUGUUGUGACACAAGCCAUUCAUGAUGCCCAGCAGCUGUUGCGUGGAGGACAAGGCCCGACGGGCCGAGAGAGGGACCGUGAGAGGGACAACAACACAAGGCUGAUCGUUUUUAAGGAGGCGUCUCGAGACCGGAUGGAUGACGGACAGUCCCUUCGGGUGAAUGAGGACCACCUCAGUAGUGACUCCGAGGGGCAGAUGGCAAUCUCUGGUGUGGGAAGCUUUGGUGAAUCCCGGACUCCCUCCUCUGGCCACAUCAAACGUCCCAUGAACGCCUUCAUGGUGUGGGCCAAAGACGAAAGACGACGCAUCCUUCAGGCGUUCCCUGAUAUGCACAACUCCAGUAUCAGCAAGAUCCUCGGGUCUCGGUGGAAGUCCAUGUCCAAUCAGGAGAAGCAGCCCUACUACGAAGAGCAGGCAAGACUGAGUCGGCAGCAUCUGGAACGUUACCCAGACUACAAAUACAAACCCCGGCCGAAGAGGACCUGCAUUGUGGAGGGUAGACGACUGCGGGUCGGAGAGUACAAGGCCAUGAUGAAGAGUCGACGACAGGAGCAAAGAGUUACUUAUCCUCAGAGCCAUUCAGAGCAGCAGCUACCGUACCCCUCCAGUGAAGGACAGUACCCGACCACGCCGGUGUCCAUGGCCCCACUGCCCUUGCACCCUGCCCUCCUGGAGCACUACCUUCCUCGGGGUCUGGAGCCUCCAAAAGGCCAAGGCAGCGAGAUGCUUGAGGCCGCGCGGCCCCGACAGCCCUACAGCGAAGGGGAGGAGAGUGACGCGGGUGAGCGCAGUGAGGGAGAGCUGGUUGUCCUCACUGACUGAGACAGAACCGGGGAAUAAUCGGAGGACAGAGGGUGCAAAAUGCGAUGAAUGAGACGGACAGUAUAACUGGGAGACUUUACAAUCCCUACCUACAACAUGAUGGUGUCCAAUAAAUGGUAUAGGUCAGUGUUUUUUUUUUUCUGUCCAGUUGUGAGGAUGUCCUGGUUUCAGACACGCCAGAUCAGUCACGUGCUUCUCUAGGGUUGGUUAGGAAGGCAGCAGACGUGAUAAGCGGAGCACAUAUCUUAAUUUUUCAGAUUUUUCCAGCGGUUUAGGCCAGACACCCAGAACAGGUCUCGCAUAGUGACCUCCGCUUGGAAAAAGCAAGCCUCUUUCAAUCUAUGAUAUUCAAUGAGACUGUAAAUAUCAAGUCUUUCGAAGGCAUUGUGAAGCCGGCGUUCAAAAAUUGUUUUAAAAACCAUCAAAUGUCACUGCGUUUAUUAUGAAGUAAAUGUUAUCUGCGAAGUGCAUCGGCAACUGCAGAUAAGCGUAUUCACUGUUGGCUUAUCUGAAAAAGUUCCACAUUUGACACCGUGUCAAAUGAUUGGCAAUAAUAGCAUUAAACGGUUCACACAGACGAAAAGAGUAUGGCGAGUAAACUGAAAAGAAAACAAUGAGCUAUUUCUUUAAAUAGCGUGAAGAUGCUAUGAAUCAUUUUGCCAUAGAAAAUGAAAAGGUUAAAGAAGAGAAAAAAAACUAAACCCUCUCCGUGUUAGAACGCUUCUUGAUGUCACCAGGGUUUUCCUGCAAAAGUUCCUGUUAAGACUGUGCCAAGGUACUUUCCAGAGCUCAAGGGCUGAGCAAAAAAAGAAAAAGAAAACAAGUGGACUUGGAAAAAGGAAGGAACAUUCCUGAACUCCUUGUCCAGUUUAUUAUACCAGAUAAUGACGAUUAGUGGCUGUUCUGUUACAGAGAUUUAAGCAGCCUGCCCCUUUAAGACUCGCUAAAGGCAGCGAAGGUCGGUGGCGUCCUCUGCUGUUCGAAUCUGGGUACUGCACUUAAGAGAUUUCCCCAGGUCAAAAUCAUAUUUUUAUUUCUUUUGAUUUAGUGCAGAAUAAUCACUUGAAAUGCACUUUCCCCAUCUAAUAUAUAUUUUCAGAUCCUCAUGAUUCAUAAAACUUUUUUUUUUCCACAGUAGAAUUUUGCACUUGAUGUACAUACGCAAAUAAUUUCUACAAUAUUCAUUUUGUGAAAGGAGAUGUGAAUAAUACCCUUGCCUCAGAUUACUCCCAUUUUUAAAAAAUUUGGUUUACUUUUAUAUUUUAGUGUGUGCGCGCGUGUGUGUGUGUAUAGAGUGAUUUUUUUUUUUUUGUGCUGAAGAAAAUAACUGAGUUAUCAUUCCAGCAGUUCUUAUGACCGGGUCCAUAUUAUUGGGCUGCUAGUCAAUUUACAGUUGAGCUGAAAUGUAAACAUUUUGUUUAAAAAAAAAAAAAAAUUAUAAACAUUUAUAUUUUAAAGAGGAGCUUUUAGGAGAUAUUUGCAAGUGGACUGUUAGGAUAAACCUAACAUUUUAAAGAAAAUUAUGACUUGUAUAUAGCUGGACACAGAAAUACAGUUUGUAUUUUUAUCUGUAGAAUAAACCCAUGCGGGCAAAAAAAAAAAAAAAAAAAAAAGAUUCGCAAUCUGGACACCUGUUGCAAAACCAGCUGUUGUAAAAUAUAGAUAUAGACUUUAUUUUGUUUAUAAAAGUGUAUAAUUUAAAGGUGUACAUGUUUUUUUUCUUCUGUAUGUUGCAUUUUUUUCCGAGCAAGUUUCUGUGGUUUGUUUUUGAAGCAUAAAUAAUAAAAUGUUAUGUUU